AUGGCAAGCCGAGCAGCAAACAAGCGGCUUACCCGCGAAUACAAGACAAUAUCCGAAAACCCACCUCCAUACAUCGUUGCACACCCCUCUGAAUCAAACAUCCUGGAAUGGCAUUACAUCCUCACCGGCCCUCCAGAUACCCCCUAUCAUAAUGGUCAAUACUGGGGCACCCUGAUCUUCCCACCCAACUACCCCUUCGCACCCCCCGCAAUCCGAAUGCACACUCCCAGCGGACGCUUCCAACCAUCCACGCGUCUGUGUCUCUCCAUCUCCGACUUCCACCCUAAAUCCUUCAACCCCGCCUGGGAAGUUAGUACGAUCCUCAUCGGACUCCUGUCGUUCAUGACGUCUGAAGAAAUGACAACCGGCUCGGUCGGUGCCUCGGAAGUAGAGCGGAAGUGGGCUGCCAAUAGGAGUAGAUGGUGGAACUCGACGGGAGGGGGAAGUUGGAAGGGUGAAGGGGUCAAAGUGCAAAAGGGGAAUGUUAAGGCGGGGGACGGGGGCGCCAAAUUCAGGGCCGAGUGGGAGGACCUCGAUAAGGAGAACUGGAAGUGGAUCAAGGAGAAUAAAAUCGAUCCUGCGACGGGGAUAGCUAUCAUUGAUCCUGAAGAUGUUGCUGCAUCCGGCAGCUGUGGACCGACAAUAGGAGGACUGAGGCGACCAAGUGGGAGUGUUCCUGUGGUCGGGACUGUGGUUGAGGGUGGUCGUGAGGGUGGCAGUUGGAUUGGCAGGAAUAAGUUCAAGGUUGCCGGGGGAGUAAUUUUUGUCUAUGUGCUUAUUGCCCGUUUACUAGGUAAUGGGACGGAGGGGGGUGCUUAG